GUGAUGGGCCUGCAUCUGUGAAAGCAAGGAGUAGAGUAGCAUUCUAAACACCUGAUUGGAAGAAUACACUCUACCCACAUGGGUCUGUACAUCUGAAUCAGUUUUCCAAGUGGGCAUGAAAAAACACAGACAUACUAAUUCAGAACAUCUGGACCCAAUCAAAAGAUCAUAAGCUGGAGAGGACUCUGCUGGCUCGCGGAAGUGAAUUUUGCACAACUUUAUAGUGUUAAUGAGAUUCUGUAGAAGACUCAACAGCCAUUUUAAGUCAUCCAACUUUUGUGCUGUUCAGGUUGUCAUUUUUCUCCCAACCCCACAGUGCCAGGCGGGAAUUACAUCUAAGUUUUAGGUGUCAGUCCUGGGGUUUUCUCCCCAAUUAUUCAGGAAGGUUUCAUGAAAUGAUGGCAGCUGUUCAGCUCAGAUUCUUAUUCGUUUUACUCUUUACAAGCAUCGUGGGAGAGACUCAAUAUGUAAUGCAAGAUGCUGCACUGAUGCAUUACAUUGACCGCCGAAUUCUCUCAAUAGAGAACAGGCUGGACAAGUGCAAUCAAGAUAUACUGGAAUAUGUGCAAGAAUUCCGGGAAUUUUCAAAGAAGAUGAUGUCCCGCCUAGAAGGACUCAGCAUUUUAAAGACAGAGCUUAAAAAUGAUGUGGACCAUUUGCUAACACGAGUGGAGAGAGCUCAAAGGGAUAUUGACUACUUUGAAUCCGUAAAAGAGUCUCCUAACACAUGCGUGGAAGUGGAUGAAGAACUUGUGGAGCAGCAGUUGAUUGAACAAGAGGAGUCAAAAAAGAAAAUCAAGCUCAUGCUUAAUGCAAGUUGCAAUUACAUGCUUGCAGGCAUUAAAUCCCUAAAGAUAGUAAAGAAGACUGGAGACACACCUGGAUCAUGGUUGAAAGACCCAGGCAAGAACUACCAAAAGAUUUAUUUCUUAGCGGGGACAAAGAACAAAACUGUUAUGGAGUUUGCAAACAUGCGAGUGUUUACUGAAAGUGGUGAGAAACGGUCUGCUCGGAGAGUUACCCUGCCAUUUCCCUGGCAAGGAACAGGCCAUGCUAUUUACAAUGGCUUUCUGUUUUAUCACAGAUAUGGCUCCUUAAAUGAGAUAAUUAAGUUUGAUAUUCAAAGAAGAAACGUAACUGACCAAAUUCUGCUGUCUGGUGCAGGAGAGACACAUGCCUAUGAACUUCAUCUGUCAACUAAAAUAGACCUAGCCGUGGAUGAACUGGGAUUAUGGGCAAUCUACGCAGAGCCAGAUACAGGCAGAAAGCUGGUCAUUAUAAAAAUCAACCAUGAAACCAUGGCUGUGGAGCAUACUUGGGACACAUCCUGCAAAAGCCAGAAUGCUGAAGCAGCUUUCAUGGUGUGUGGUGCCCUGUAUGUUGUAUACAACUCACCAGGUGGAGGCACAUCUCGUAUAGAGUGCAUUUACGAUACCUUAGAUAUCAUCAGUCCUUUUGGGUUUCCGGCGAUUCAUUUCCCCAAACGUCAGACGAGUCAUUCCAUGGUGCACUAUUACCCCAGAGAAAAACAACUCUUUGCCUGGGAUAAUGGAUCCCAGGUCAUUUACAAGCUCCUGACAAAGCAAAAAGGUUGA